GUGCCUCGCGCCGCGCGCUCAUUGCUGCCUUGGAUAGUAGCCGAAGUGGUACCCCAGCCGCCGGUCCCGUUUGCCACACUGGCUUAACUCGCGCCAAACCCCGAGACACACCGGCCGAGUGAAGCGGAGAAAAGAGAGGACGACACAGAGAAGGAGGGAAAGCUCUUGCUUUUCUUAACGAGUCUUCUUCGCGAAGUUCUCCUUUCUGCCGGCAGUGCCCCCCUGCUGUUGAGGCUGUGGUAUGAGCCUAUGUGGCAGGAAGGCGCUGACGUUGCUGAGCAGCAUUUUUGCUGUUUGCGGCCUCGGUUUGUUGGGGAUAGCAGUGAGCACAGACUACUGGCUCUACCUGGAGGAAGGAGUCAUCCUUCCCCUCAACCAGAGCACCGAGAUGCGCAUGUCCCUCCACUCUGGGCUCUGGAGGGUUUGCUUCUUGGCUGGGGAGGAGAAAGGACGGUGUUUUACCAUUGAGUAUGUGAUGCCCACUAAUGUCCAGAUGACCUCUGAGUCCACCGUUAGCGUGCUCAAAAUGAUUCGUUCUGCUACACCCUUCCCUCUGGUCAGCCUUUUCUUCAUGUUCAUCGGUUUUGUACUGAGUAACAUCGGCCAUAUUCGACCACAUCGCACCAUCCUGGCUUUUGUCUCUGGAAUAUUCUUCAUCUUGUCAGGUCUGUCUCUGGUUGUUGGUCUGGUGCUGUACAUCUCCAACAUUAACGAUGAAAUGCUGAACAGGACCAAAACAAAUGAAGCCUAUUUCAGCUACAAGUAUGGCUGGUCCUUCGCCUUUGCAGCCAUCUCUUUCCUUCUCACAGAGACGGCGGGCGUCAUGUCGGUGUACCUGUUCAUGAAGCGUUACACGGCAGAGGAAAUGUACAGGCCCCAUCAGGGAUUCUACCGACCUCGACUCAGCAACUGUUCAGAUUACUCCGGGCAGUUCCUCCAUCCAGACGCUUGGGCAGGACGCGGCCGCAGCCCCUCCUCCAUCUCCUCUGAGGCCUCCCUCCAGAUGAACUCCUCCAACUAUCCUGCCCUUCUCAAGUGUCCAGAGUAUGAACAAAUGUCCUCCUCACCCUGCUGAGGCAGAGGAGUGACACUGCUUCAGUCGGGGUCAUUUGAUCUGCAGUUGGCAUACAUUUGUCCAAUAAUUUGAUAUCAUCCAGCUUGAAGUCUUCACUUCAAGAGCUCUGAAUCUGACCUGGUUCGCUGUCCCCUCUCAACUGCCUACUCUUGUUUGAAGCUUUUUGGUUUUGUAAAAGGCAAAACAUUUGUUCCUAGUCUCAUUUCAGGCAGAGCUGUUACAAAAUGAGAGAGGAUUUGGUUUUAAAAUGAUAUACUUUUGUCUGCUUUUUACUUUUUAGUAGGAAUUAGCUGAAUUUAGGGUUUAGAGCUGGUUAGGUUGCUAUACAUAAAGAUGCUGUGUUUGCAGGUGUUUCCUCAAAACCUUAUAGAAGGUAAUUCCACCCAGAAAUGAGUGAAAUCGCUGACUGUUAGAGAAGAGGAAACGUCUUUAGAUUAGUCAAUCCUGGGUGUUUGUUCUGGAAAAAAUAUAUUCCUCGUUUAGAUGAUAAGAUUUCAUGGAAAAAAAAGCUGCACUGAGCUGCACUUUGUGCUGUAAAUGUUCUCGUACAUGUUACAGCUGUUUCAGUUGUGUUUAUUUCAGCACAAACCUUACAGAGAUUAUGAAACACAUGAUGAAUGGAAAUGUUAAGCACCCAAAAUAACAGAAGAGCACCACUGCUUGACUUUUAUUGUCAUAAAUUUAAAUAAGCUAAGAGAGCCAGAGGAGAGCAGAUGAAGUUUGGAUGUUCCUGUUUAAAGUGGAAUGUGAACGAGUCAGAUGGUGUGAAAUAUUCUUUUCAUGGAGUCAUCGUGAAUGUAAGAUUUGCUGAAGAAAACACGCUUAAUGAGAUUUUUCUUUCUAAUUUAAACCAUGAUAAUGGAAGUGUAUUCUCAGAUGUAAACAGUGAUCUUUAAUGUGCCACGGAAGAUGCUUCACCCAGGUUAAGCAGCAAAGUAUUGAAUAUAUACAUUUCAUUCAGCAUUAAGUGUGAGAAAAAAAAACAUAUUACACAGAUACAUUGUGUCUUGUGCAAUCUUUUUUUUUUUUUGUUAGUUUGGUAUUUUACUGAAAUUAUAAUAAUUGUCAUUAUAUUAUGUUGCAUGGUGUGAGCUUCACAUGAUGUUAAUGGCAUGUAACAUUUGAACACCGGAUCAAAUGAGCACAUACAACCAAUAACCACAAACUGUGCCAAGUUAAACUUUCACUCACAACCACUGUAUUGGUAUGUUGACCUGUUAACAUUUUUUUAAUUUCAGAAACUGUAAAUAGAAAAAUCAUCAGUGUGUACAUAGAGUCAUUUUUGUAUAAAGAGCAGUACAUGUAAAAACUAUGGUUGUUCUGUUGUUGUGUAAACUCAUCUGCAGUAUAUCUGACAGCUGCUUUGCCUCCUGCUUCACAUUGAGAAUGUGAGCUUUUGCAUAAUGUUAUGCUUACUUAUAUGUAAGUCUGUGGUAUCAUAGUCAGACAUGAAACAUCAAAAUAAUAUAUGUGUAUUUUUACAAUCAGUCUUAUUAUGUUAAAUGUGCAAUGGAUGAAUAAAACAAGAUUAA